AUGUCAAUUAAAACAAAUCAUCCACAGAUUAUCUUAUAUUGGAUGGAAUUGAUCCUUGGUAUAAUUUGUAUUGCAUUAGCUGGAAAAGGUUAUCAUGAAAUUGGAUUUCAAUAUUUAAUUGGAAUUGGAACAUUUUCAGCUAUUGGAAAUAUUGUCUUUUUAUUAAUGUAUGGUUUUGCUACAACAAGACCAUUAGAUGGUCGAUCAAUAUUAAAAUUAAUUGAAACUAUUUAUCAGUUGAUUGUCACAUUACUUUAUUGUAUCUCAAUUGGUGUAACAUUUAAUCAAAUAGAUUAUUUACAAUAUUUUAUUGGACCAAUUACAAUAUUUACAUCAGCUAAUUUUGGAGCUUAUAUAUUUGGUAGUAUGGUUGCAAUCACUGAAUUACUUUGUAAACAUCCAGAUAUCAAUACUACUAAUAACACUACUACUACUACUACUAAUAACACUACUAAUACUCCUAUGAAUACAAAUUCGAACCCUAAUCCAUCUCAACCUGUUAAUCAAUUGAAUCAAAGUAAAUAACAAACAACUCAAUUGUGUUGUAUAUUACUUUAUCUAUAUAUAUAACCAUAGUUAUCUUAUUUACCCUUUAAUUACUUUAUACAAUAUUACUAUUAUGUGCAUAUUACUGAAUGAUUUAUCUAUGUAUUAUGUAAUUGAUGACAAUAAUCAAUGAUAUACAGUAUUCCUUAUACAAUUUGAUUAUAUUUAUGAUGGACUGUUGAUUUGAUCCUUGAAGAUGUUCUUUUAGAAGGUUAGAAUUUGGUUUAUUUCAAAGAAUAAGGGAAUAUACAAUUCAUUUAU